CGAACUUUUGUCCUCACAACCUCAACGGACCCUCGCAACAGUCGCUUUCCCUCCCUUUGAAACGUCGAACCUCGCGAAAAUGUUUAAACCGUCACAGCCAAUGAUGGCGCGCCUGCGCCUGACCACCAAGCAGGUCAAUGGCGGCUACUACAAGGGUAACCGCACAGGCUCGAUGGGUUAUUUCGACCCCAAGGGCAACUACGUGAUCGACUGGAAGAAAGUCCGCACUUACGUCGUCCCUGAAGAUCUGGAAACAUUCAAGCUCACUCCUUUUGUCUCUAAACGCAUGACCCCGACACCUUCCGCCUACAAGAAGCGAAUUGAACGGAACGGACGAAUGUAUACAGUGAUCGAUGGCCUGAAGGGACAAGACUUCCUGGACCAGUGGUAUUCAAGCAACCCCGAUGAGGUUCUGGCCCGCGAAACGGCCGAGCAGGAGGCCGUGGACGAGUUGAAGACCCCCAAACAAUAAAGCGAUUCCUGAACCAGCCAUUGACAAUAUUGCUCGAGGCAUACACCUCUACCAUUGCAAUCGGUUGGACACCAAACUAUGUCACCUCCACCUACACACUCGACGGCCACAUACCCCCCGAUCUACCAUCACAUCGCUCGCCGGCCGAUCGAAUCUUUCAUGUAUUAUAUGUAUAGCAUAUUCGAUUCAAAUUGGGCAAAGCCCACCUUCCAUCACUUACAGAUGCCUUGUCAUUUGUGAUCUUGCGGAUCUUAGACUCGUAACGUGAAGUUUGGAAAAAGACCACGAUCUUAUUGUCAUGGCGAUCCAUGCCAGGGUCAAAUUCAUUUCCUAUAAGCCUG